UACACUAGGGUUAACAUGUCUAUUUGCCAGCUAGGAACCAAUGGAUCUGAGCUGCAGGCAAUAGAACGUUUAAACCGCGGUGUGCACUAAACAGCACACGUCUGCACCAUAACCAUUUAUUGUAUUUUAUUCUUUUUCCCUAGUGGAUUUAUUCAUCUGACAGGGGCCAUGGCCUUCUUGGGAACAGCAGCAUGGAGGGUGAUUGCAUGCCGACAGCCCCUCUCGCCCCUCUGCCGUGCCACCGCCCGCUGCUAUAGCUCCCAGUCGACACACACCACAGAGAAGAGCGUCCCAUAUGAGAAGACCCUCAAACAGGAGGAUGGCCUUAGCGGACCCACCAAACCCCUGCCGAGGUCUGCAGAUGUUGUGGUGAUUGGAGGUGGAAGCCUGGGUUGCCAGACCCUCUACCACCUGUGUAAACUGGGCAUGACCAAUGUGGUUCUGCUGGAGAGGGACAGACUGACUGCAGGCACAACUUGGCACACAGCAGGACUUUUGUGGCAGUUAAGACCUAGUGAUACAGAGGUGGAGCUGUUGGCUCAUACUCGCAACGUUAUCAGCUCAGAGUUGGAGGAGGAGACUGGCCUUGAGACGGGCUGGAUCCAAAAUGGAGGCCUGUUCAUUGCUUCCAACAAGCAGCGACUGGACGAGUACAAACGCCUUAUGUCGCUGGGUAAAGCGUACGGCAUUGAGUCAUACGUCCUGUCGCCAGCUGAGACCAAGGACCUGUAUCCUCUGAUGAAUGUGAAAGAUCUUUAUGGCACACUCUAUGUCCCUAAAGACGGCACCAUGGACCCAGCGGGCACCUGUACCACCCUCUCCAGAGCAGCUACUGCACGUGGUGCAACGGUGAUUGAGAACUGUCCAGUGACGGGUAUCCAGGUUAAGGUUGAUGAUUUGGGCGUUAAGAGAGUGAAAGCGGUAGAAACGGCUCAUGGGACCAUCCAAACACCAUGUGUGGUGAACUGUGCAGGUGUCUGGGCCACUAAGCUGGGUAAAAUGGCAGGCGUCAAUGUUCCUUUGAUUGCCAUGCACCACGCUUAUGUCGUCACAGAAAGAAUCGAGGGAAUUCAGAACAUGCCCAACGUCAGGGACCACGAUGCAUCAGUCUACCUCCGUCUUCAGGGUGACGCUCUCUCCGUGGGAGGCUACGAACAGAACCCCAUAUUUUGGGAUGAUGUGUCUGAUAAGUUUGCCUUCAGCUUGUUUGAUCUGGACUGGGACGUCUUCAUGCAGCACAUCGACGGUGCCGUGAACAGAGUACCUGCUCUGGAACAAACUGGAAUCAAAUCCACUGUCUGUGGUCCAGAAUCCUUCACUGCAGAUCACAAGCCCCUGAUGGGUGAAGCGCCAGAAGUGAGAGGCUUUUUCCUUGGAUGUGGCUUUAACAGUGCAGGUAUGAUGUUAGGAGGAGGAUGCGGCAGAGAACUGGCUCACUGGAUCAUUCAUGGGCGUCCCGAGAAAGACAUGUACGGAUAUGAUAUCAGGCGAUUUCACCAUUCGCUGACCAACAACAACCGCUGGAUCCGAGAGCGAAGUCACGAGUCCUACGCCAAAAACUAUUCAGUAGUUUUCCCGUUUGAUGAACCUUUGGCCAGCCGCAACAUGAGGAAAGACCCCUUCCAUCAGGUGCUACAGGAACAGGGCUGUGUGUUUCAAGAGAGACAUGGUUGGGAGAGACCUGGAUGGUUCAACCGGGAUGGACCUACUCCAGUUCUGGAUUAUGAUUACUACGGUGCCUACGAUGUUUCCAAGAACACUGAUUACAAAUACAGCGAUAUACUAGGCAAAGAGUACACGUUUGACUUCCCUCCACAUCAUGAUGUGAUUCGGGAUGAGUGUCUGACUUGCAGGAAUGCUGUAGCUGUGUUUGACAUGUCUUACUUUGGCAAGUUUUACCUGAGUGGUCCAGAUGCAAAGAAAGCAGCUGAUUGGCUGUUUACAGCUGAUGUCAACAAAGCUCCAGGCUCCACAGUCUACACCUGCAUGCUAAACAAAAGGGGCGGAGUCGAGUCUGACCUCACCGUCAGUCGUUUAGAGCCAAGCCCCGCCCACCUCCCACUGACACCCGAAUCUAAUGGUGAUGCAUAUUACCUGGCCAUCGGAGGUGGAGUAGCGCAGCAUAACUGGAGCCACAUUCAGGCAGUGCUGCAGGACCAGGGUUUCCACUGCACACUAAUAGACCACACAGAGGACAUGGGCAUGAUCAGCAUUCAGGGACCCAAGAGCCGUGAGCUGCUGCAGGAAGUGCUGGACUCCGACCUCAGCAACGAUGCGUUUCCCUUCUCCACACACAAGAUAGUGAAUGCUGCGGGACACAAGGUAAGGGCCAUGCGUCUGUCGUUUGUGGGUGAGAUGGGCUGGGAGCUUCACAUCCCUAAAGAAUCCUGUCUGCCUGUGUACCACGCCGUCAUGGCCGCAGGGGCCAAAUAUGGCAUCUCUAAUGCUGGCUACAGGGCCAUUGACUCCUUGAGCAUUGAGAAAGGUUACAGGCAUUGGCACGCAGAUUUACGUCCUGAUGACACUCCACUAGAGGCGGGACUUGCCUUCACCUGUAAGAUGAAGACCUCCAUUCCCUUCCUGGGGCGGCAGGCGCUGGAGGCCCAAAAGGCUGAGGGUCUGCGCAGACGGAUCGUCUGCUUCACAGUUGAUGAGAAAGUGCCAAUGUUUGGUCUGGAGGCUAUUUUCCGCAACGGUGUUCCUGUGGGCCACCUGCGGCGCUCUGAAUUUGGAUUUGCCAUUGACAAGACCAUUGGCUAUGGUUAUAUUCGCAACCCAGACGGUGGUGUGGUGAGCCCUGAUUUCGUGCGCAGUGGUGAAUUCACUCUGGAGAGGAUGGGCGUCACAUACAAGGCUACGGCUCACCUGAAAUCUCCCUUUGACCCCGAGAACAAGCGCGUUAAGGGCAUCUACGGCUGAACGAAGCUAGAAUUUACUUGAUCCAGACUGGUUCAGUUUAAUUCAGGUAAAUGUUUACAGGCCUUUUUCCAACACAUCAGCAUUAGCAUUCCAGGACAAAACAAAAUACUUUCUAUAUUUAUAUUCAACGUCUUAAA